AGAGAGGCUGGGGUAGAGAGACAACGGGGGCACAUGGGAGGAGCAUUAGCCCUGUCAGAGCACACACCCAACUGCGGGAUCCAGUCCUCCAUUCAAAACGGCACAUUAUCACAUCGUUCAUAUAUGAUAUAGGGGGGGAAUAAAAAAGUGAAUAACAACGUCUCAAGGUACAUGUACCUCAUGAAGAUAGUAUGCCAUUUUUAGUGGUUUCCCUCCUGACGGCUGGUUAAGGCUGGCCCACAUGUGUAGCAUUAGAGCCUUCAGCUGGUCAUGUGAUGGACGGUCAUUCCCCCCCCCACACACACACACCUCGUCACCGUGUGCUGUGUUCUCCCCCCAGACAUCAUGGUGGGGAUGGGCUACUCACGAGAGGAGAUCCAGGACUCCCUGACCCGGAUGAAGUACGACGAGAUCACCGCCACUUACCUGCUGCUGGGCAGGAAGUCGACAGAGCUGGAGGUAAGUGACUCCAGCUCCAGCAGUAACCUGUCCCUGGCCAAGGCCCGGCCCGCCAGCGAACACAACAACGGCCAGUCUCCCGCCCACCUCAAGGCCCAGCGCUCCGUGUCGUCCACGCAGAAGCAGAGGCGCUACAGCGACCAAGCCGGGCCGUCCAUUCCCUCGGCGGGCUACCCCAAGAGGAGCCAGACCAGCACGGCGGAGAACGACAUCAAGGAGGAGGGCGGCGGCCAGGCCAGGAAGUCGGGCGGGAGGGGAGGCGCCCCCGGCAGUCCGUUGCUGGGCAACGCCAACAACCCCAACAAGGCUGACAUACCCGACCGCAAGAAGGGUUCCACCACCCCGAGUACGGCGGCGUCGGGCGGCAUGACGAGGAGGAACACGUACGUGUGCAGCGAGAGGAACGCCACCGACCGCCACGCCGUCAUCCAGAACGGAAAGGAAAACAGCACGUCGUCGACGGCCAGCCAGCGGAACCCGGGCGGGGCCUCCACCCACAGCAUCAGCAGUGGAGCCACGCCCCCGGACCGGCUGCGCUUCCCCCGCGGCACGGCCAGCCGCAGCACCUUCCACGGGGGCCAGCUGAGGGAGCGCCGCACGGCCACCUACAACGGGCCCCCGGCCUCGCCCACGCUCUCCCACGACGCCACGCCGCUCUCCCAGUCCCGCAGCCGCGGCACCAGCAACCUGUUCACCAAGCUCACCUCCAAGCUCACGCGCAGAAACAUGUCAUUCAGGUUUUCCAAAAGAGGCACAGCUGAGUUUGAGAGAAACGGGAGAUUGGAGGGAUCAAGUCGCCACGUUUCGGGAGACCAGAAGGACGACCAGCAGCAACUGCCGCCGCCGCCGCCGGCCCACCACAAAGACACCAAGCCGCGCUCGCUCCGCUUCACCUGGAGCAUGAAGACCACGUCGUCCCUGGAGCCCGUGGACAUGAUGCGGGAGAUCCGCAAGGUCCUGGACGCCAACAACUGCGACUACGAGCAGCGCGAGCGCUUCCUGCUGCUGUGCGUGCACGGCGACGGCCACGCCGAGAGCCUGGUCCAAUGGGAGAUGGAGGUGUGCAAGCUGCCCCGCCUCUCGCUCAACGGCGUGCGCUUCAAGCGCAUCUCCGGCACGUCCAUCGCCUUCAAGAACAUCGCGUCCAAAAUUGCCAAUGAACUCAAGUUGUAGGGAUACAGUAAGACUCUGUUAAGGGGGGAGGGGAGGGGGAAACGGAAACGGGACAUGGAGUUUUUCUGACCAGUAUCCAAAGUACUUUCACUGACAAAGUGAUUGGAAAUUGAGAAGUUUAACGUAACAUCGGAAUGUGCUGUACAUUCGUAAACAAUCUAAGUAGCAGAUACACAACGGUUUGUCCUCCAAUACACUGUUACACAAAAUGUACUGAAAAUGUUAUGUAUAGCUUAGGCAAUAACUUCUGCAUCUUUGGAGCAUUAUUAUUAUUAUUAUUAUUGUUGAUGAUGCAAAAGUUGGUCUUGAGAAGUUGAGGAAGAGAUGUUGGAUGAAAUGUCGAUAGUCAAUCGUAUUUUUUGAUCUCAUUUUGUUUCUGAAUGCAGUAAUGCAUUAUUGCCUUUGAGGCUCCUGGAGAUGUCCCCUAAAGAGGGAGUUUAUAAACUCUCUAUAACACACAGUCUUGCACACACACACAGUAGGUUAAGGACGUUUGGUGAAGUAUUGGCCUCUAACAGUAUACCCCCCAGAUGGAGAAGUUAGAUACUUCUGCUACUUGCACAAACAUGAUGGUAUUUUUUAUCGUUGUCAGAACUGUAAAGGGUUUGGCACUGUCUCCCCUUCACUAGGCAGCCUAGACACACAAAACAACCCAUCCAGUGUUCAUAAGUGUGGUUAAAACUAGCUGGCCAAGGGUGUAUGGUGUCACACAGCCCAGAAUUCAACAGAACAUGCCCAUGCCUUAAGGACACACUUCUGCAGACUCUCCAAAAUUAGAAGGGCUGCGGCAAAGAAUCAUGGGACUUUGAGUCAUUUGUUAAAGACUUAACAGAAAACCCGGAAGAUUUUCCUUCUUGGUAUUAUACGUAUGGGUAUUUAGCUCAUUUCCUUUGACACUGUUAGUGUUUUAUUUUUAUUAUUGUUCUCCUGUGAUGUAACUGAAAUGCCAAGUGUUGCAUGGUCCCUCCCACCGGGCCUGUGGGCGGAGUCAUGUACAAACGGCACUUCUGUGACAUUUUUUUCAAAAACAAACUUCAGUAUUCACUCCCACACCCCUUCUAAGAACGUUGGCACUGUUUUGUUUUUUUGUUCGUUCGUUCAUUCAUUUUUUUUUUCUCUCUAAAUGUAAAUAAUGUACCUUAGUUUUGCAACAGUUGCAUAUUGGUAUACUUCCUUUUUUGUUUUGUUUUAUAAGUCCAGGCUCUAAGCCGGGAGUUAUGGAAUUAAUGUUAACACAGCAUCGGGUAAGGUUAAACAGUGUCUCCAUUAAAAACACCUAAAAUGCAA